AUGCUUCGAAGACGAUCGACUCGUUCUCGCAACCGUUCGGCGACGGGUCGCAUCGUCUGGAGCGACCUGUCGCCUGCACUCGCGACGGUGGGCUGCGGUGACUCACAUGGGUCGAGCACAGGUGGAGAAGGCGGGAAACGGAGUCGUAGUUGGAGCACGUCCGGGGUCACGCCCCGGGUCACGUCCGGGGUCAUGACCGUGGACACGCGCGGCAGUCUCUGCCGGGAGCUCUCCGCCCUCCGCCGAGCCCCCAAGGACGCGCUGACCAGGUCGCUGCGCUGCCUCGGGGAGGCGUGGUGCAAGUCUUCCCUGCUGGAGAAGCUGGGCGAGGCGUGGCGCAAGUCUUCCCUGCUGGAGAGGCGGGAGGCUCUCCCGAGUCGGGAGGUCGUCCCGAGGGGAUUCACGUACCUGCGGGCGGAGGACCCGGCCGAGGACCUGCCGCGUCCCGUCUCGGACGAGGUCGACCUCUUCGACAAGGGUCGGCCCGCGACGUCGUUCAAGCGAAGCCUGUCCGUCGACGUCCUUGAAACUUGA